GGAGAAGCUCUUUGUUAUUAGCUUUCUCUGGCAUAUAUCACUUAUGUCUAAUGCUACCAUUAAGAGUACAGAUAACACAAAAUGAAUAUUUGAAACAUUAAAAUGUUUAAUCCUGAUAAUGGGAAAAGAAAAAAUCAUAAUUCCACAGUAGGUGUCUGUGGGGAAAGAGCAUCACCUUUGGAAUCAGAUAGAGCUGAUUUGAGCCCCAGCAAGGCUACUUACUAGCUGUGUAAACUUGGGCAAUUUAUGUAAUGUCUCUGAGCCUCCGUUUUCUCAUCUGUAAGGUGGAGGUAAUAAAAUCCAUAGGAUUGCUAUGAGUUUUAAAAUAAGUAUACAAAGGUGGUAGCACAGUUUGUACCACAUAUUAACUGCUCAUUGCAUAUAUCAUCUUCAUUAUUAUUAGGGAUAAAUUUAUUGAGGUCAAGAAAUGCUAGGCUCUUGGACCUAUGUGUAUCCACUGAGUUGUGGAUUUCUAAGUCUCUGUCCCACAUCUACCUUCCAGUUGACCAAUGUAUUUGUCAAAAAUGUCAGUAUCAUAACUCCAAACUGUCAUCAUUAUGUUUUAUUCUCAUUCAUUUUCAUGUUACUUUAAUUUACAUUCUUAAUUUUUUCAAACUUCUUAAUUGUGUCCAUUUAAUCUUUUAUAGCUGACAAACUGCUGAAUUUAGCAUAGUGAGAGUCAUCAACUGAAUGCAGUUUAAUUUCUCAUGGUUAUUUUCUGGUUGAUGUUGAUGGCAUGGAAAACCUCAUGGAAGAAUGUAAUUCAAGGUGAGCUUCUCUAAUCCUUUUGUCGUAAGAGGCGGGACUUAAUGUAUUUUCAGUUUCGCUGCUCCCUGAAAUGAUAGCAGUGAGCAAAUAAGAUGAUGGUCCUUACCAUUCUUACUUUGAGUUCUUUGUCUUUAAGAAAGAAAGCUUAUUUUUUUACCUGAAACAAGUCCUUCUCUUUGUAUAAUAAACUUGAUAGAAUUUGGCACUUCUACUCUUGCCUACUUCAAUAACAGAAGUAAAAAGAAUGGAAAUGGCUACAAACCACUUAAAGUACAAUGUGAUUACCACUGUGUCAGACUCAGCCUGACUUUGUCAGUGUAGUGAUACAUCCUUAAAUGAGAAUUCUCUUUUCACUCGAAGUUGAUCAAUAAGAAUCUGGCCCCAUUAAAACUCUGCAUCUCACCAGUAUGCCUGGAUUAAACUCCUUAUUUUAUAGGAGAUAAGAGUUCUGGCUCUGGAGUCUGACAAACUUAGGUCCAAAUAUUGGUUUAGCCAAUCAUUAGCUGUGUGACCUUGGGUAAAUUUCUUAGUCUCUAUUUCCUUACCUGUAAAAUGGGGGUAAUUGCAGUAUCUGUUGUCAUGAAGAUUCAGUGAGCAAGUAAAGAGCUUGCUUAGCAUACAGUACGUAGGAAGAGCUCAAUAACUGUUAGCUCUUAUUUUCUUUUUUUUUACCAUUGCUAGUAAGGUUAAAGAGGCCAUUCCCUCCUCCACUAGGAAAUUUCAGGAGAGUCUUCAGUUAGAUUUGCAUUGACUGAAGGACAAGUGGCACUGUCUCAGAAUUAGCAGUGUAUCUGAGCAGACCUGGAGAAUGUUAACGCCUUGGUAGGAAAUGUAACAGUUUGGAUAAAAAUGUUCUUUCAGGCGCACAUGAAUUAAUGCAGUAAGAACUCUAGACUUGUUUUCUUUAAAUUAGGAUGAGUGCUUCAUGAAUAUCCAUCACAGAAUGCCAUUUUAUUUAUUUUAUUUUUUCUUGCGUUGGGUUUCAGUAGCACCAGCAUGUGUUGUGCAGCCCUGGUGUUAUUCAGCUCUACUUUCUGAAGGAUUAGAUUGUAAAUUAUGACAGCUCAAUUUUAGUUUUCAUCUAGACGCAGGCAGAAAUACCUAGAAAAGUUAUUUUUAUGUAGUUGUUACUGCUGUUACCAUGCUUAUUGUCCCUAGUGCUUCAAAUGUGUUCCUUUCAAUGACUUUUUAAAUGAGAAUGAAAAUUAGGGAUCUUGAGGUCUUCAGUGCCUGAUAGAGAAAGCCUACUUUGAAUUGUGUCUCAGGUAUCGGCAAGUUAUUGAAGCCAGCAGGUGCAAAUCUGGCUUUGGAAUUGUAAGCCUCUUGGUGCCUUAAACAACUCCCAAGUUUGUAAACUUACUUUCUGUUCUUGGAAGCAUAACUAGAUAUUUUUAAAUAAAGCAUAGCAUCUUGUGGAACAAAGUAGUUUUCUUUGGUUAAGUAGGAGCCCUGGUGGCACAGUGGCUAAGUGCUUGGUUGCUAACUGAAAGGUCUGGUUCCAACCCACCAGCCACUCCACGGGAGAAAGAUAAUGACAGUCUGUUUCCAUAAGGAUUACAGCCGUGGAAACCCUGUGGGACAGUUCUCUUCAGCCCUAUAGGGUUGCUAGGAGUUGGCAUUGACUCGAUGGCAAUGAGUUUGGUUUUUAGGCUUAUAGGUUAGGUGGGAAUAAGCUUCCUUGCUACAUUGUGCCUACUAGCAGAGACAAUCCAGUACUUCUUGAGUCUUCAGUAGGAAAAGUCGAAAGAAAGCUGAGGGUGCAGUUCUGGCAGCAGCCAGUGGAUUUUGCGCCACCACGUCGAGCCUGGUGUCAGCAGACAUGUACUGAGAGCCUCUCUGUGCCAGGCAUACUACUGGGCCUGGGUACACAGUUCCUGCCCUCAGAGAGCUACACAUCAAGAGUGCGAAAGCUCAGCAGCGUGGGAAUCUCCAGAACUCAGCAUGUCUCUAAUUGCUUAGUUUUUACACUUUUGUUCUGUUUGUCAUUAUGGGGAGAUGUUUCCAGGGCUUUGUCCGUGAAUGUUGAAGAGGGAAUUUCAAAGCUGUAGGUGGUUUACCGAGGUGACAUUUGAGAGUCCCUUCCCAUCUUUGGAAGCCCUGAUGGUGUAGUGGUUAAGAGUUAUGCCUGCUAACCAAAAGGUCGGCAGUUUGAAUCCACCAGAUGCUCCUUGGAAACCCUAGGGGGCAGUCUACCCUGUCCUAUAGGGUCUGUAUGAGUCGGAAUUGACUCGACAGCAACAGGCUUGGGCUUUCUUUUUUUGGUUUUCCCAUCUUUAGGUUCUCUUCAAGAUGGGUCAGCAGUGUGAGAGGGUGUCAUUUGUUUAGAUUCUGGUUUUCAUUGUUCAGUUUCCUCAGAGCUUAACAGAGCCGUUGAUGCUAGAUAUAGGUGUUACCUCUUUUACCAUAUAACAUGCUCUAGUAUCUCCUUUAUAGGAGAAAAGGCCUUUUCUGUUUUCAGCUCUUCUGUGUUGUUUCCCUGGAUAACGUCAUCUUAUCAGCUAUACUCGGUAAUUUUUUUUGUCACUCCUAAAUCAGUAUCUCCAAGUCUUAUGUUUCUCUAGAGCUUCAGCCCUGUAUUUCCAACUGCCUGUUGGACAGCUCUGUACAGACGCCCAACUUAGCCGAGGCUGAACUAACUUGCUCCCCAGAAUGGAUAUCCUCUCUUAGUCUCCAAGUCCUGUCGAUUCCUUCUUUGGAUUCAUGUUCAAAUCUGCUGCUACCAGAAUUCAGUUUGAGUUCUUGAAUCCAGUACUCAAGGCACUGCACGUUUCUUACUGUGGCACCCAUCUUUCCCAUGUCACCUUUGAACCUGUGCCUUGACCACACUGUACUACUCACUAUAUACCCCAAGCACUGUACAUUUUCACUCUGCUCUGCCUUUCUUCUGCCAUGCCUUCUGUGUGCAGUGUUCUCUUGCUGUUUCACUUGAAAUGCAAGGCCCUGUUCAAAUAUUACUUCCACCCUGAAGUUUUUCUUUGUUUUAUUUUGAUUUUUUUUAAGUAUCUGUCAAAAGUGGGUCCCUAGGAGGUGCAAUGGUUUGUACUCAACUACUAACCUAAAUGUUAGUGGUUCAAACUCAACCUAGCAGAACUGUGGAAGAAAGGGCUAGUGGCCUGCUUCUGUAAAGAUUACAGCCAAGAAAACUCUGGAUCACAGUCAGCAUGAGUUGGACUUGACAGCAGUGUUUUUUUUUUUGUUUGUUUGUUUUUGUCAAAAGUAAUCAUCCUUGUUACUUCUCAUAGUUCUUUGUUUCUGCCUCUGUAAUUGUCUGCUUUAUACAAUAGUUAUCCAUUUGUAGCCUUUUUUCUCCUGUAAAUUCGUAGGUCUAACAAAGUAAUUUUAUUUUAUUUUUUUAGGUAAAAAUCUACACAUGCCUUAAAAAAAAAAAACUUUUAGCAUAAAUAAUACAGCUGUGUUGUUGUUCAGUGUCAUUGAGUUGAUUCUGACUUAUAGCAACCCCAUGUGACAAAGUAGAACUGCCCAGAGGCUUUUCUAGGCCGUAAUCUUUAUAGGAGCAAGUCCCCAGGUCUUAUCUCCUGCCAAGUCAAUGGGUGGGUUUAAACCGCUGACCUUUCGGUUAGCAGCCAAGCCCCAGCAGGGCCCCGGUAUACAGCUAUGUUAUAAAAAAUUCAAAAGAAAAAAAAAAAAAUUUGUUGCCCUCUCCCCAGCCCUUAGUCCUUCUUCCCAAAGAUGACUGCCAUUAAUAGUUCUUUGUAAGUCCUUCUGGAAACAUGUUUAUGGAUAUAGCAGCAUAUAUGUAUCCUUUUAAGGACUAUACACAAAGAAAAUCUCUUGUCUACACACAUAUUGUUCUACAGCAUGCUGUUCGUGGCUAAAUCUUCAAGCUCUUUAUCAGAGCACACAAAUUUAUUCUUUUUAAUUGCUGCAUAGUAUUGUAGAUUUUAUUUUAUUUUUUUGCCAGUCUUCUUUUGUUAGAAUUUCAGGUUGUUAAUCCCCUUUCCUCCUCCUUUUUUUUUUUUUUUGUUAUGGCAUCCUAACAUACUUUUGCAAGUAAUAUAUUUAUACGCGCAAUUCUUAGUAGUUGAUUGUGCACCAUAGGUAAGUGCUCCUUACAGUUUACCAAAUUAUUCCUCAGGAUUACACGUGCCAGCUCUUUUAAAAUGUGUGCAAGUCCAAUAGAUGGAAAAUGGUGUCAUUAUUUUUUCUUUUUGUAAUUUACAUGUCUUUAAUCAUGAAGUUAAACAUCUUUUCAUGUUUUUUUGGUCAUUUGUCUUGUCUUUGUAUCUUGCCCAUUCUGCCAUUGAUUGUGUCAGCCCAAUUUGUUUGAUUUAUAAAUUAAAGAAUUUAGAAAGUAGCCCUUUGUCACGUGUGUUGCAUGCAUUAAACAAUAUGCUGUUUAUCUUCUGGCUUUUUGGGAGGGGAAUAUUUUUUGUCAAUAUAUUUUUGUGUUGCCAGAUUUAUUUGUCUUUGCCUUUAUGGCUUCUGGGAUUUAUGCCGUGCUUGGAAAGGCCUUUCUUAUGUCAGUAUUAUAAAUAAAUUCACCCAUGCUUUUAGUUAUUUUUGCUGAUAAAUAAGUAUUUAUAAAAUACUUAAGAUUAUAAUGGCAUUAAAUGGAAGACGAAUGCCCUGGUGCCGUAUAAGAAAUUGGUAAAUAUGCAACACCUUUGAAAACUCCGGUAGCUAUAUAUUCCAUUAACUGGAUGUUUUAUGUGAACCUAUAAUGUUAUUUAAACCCUGGUAGUGCAGUGGUUAAGCACUACGGCUGCUAACCAAAAGGUCAGCAGUUUGAAUCCACUAGGUGCUCCUUGGAAACCCUAUGGGGCAGUUCUUCUCUGUCCUAUAGGGUCAUUGUGAGUUGGAAUCUACUCAGUGGCAGCGGGUUUGGUUUGGUUUAUAAUGUUAUCAAGAGCCCUGGUGGUGCAGCAGUUAAAGAGCUUGACUGCUUAACCAAAAGGUUGGUGGUUCAAAUCCACCAGUGGCUCCGCAGGAGAAAGAUGUGGCAGUCUUCUUCUGUAGAGAUUUACGGCCUUGGAAACACUAUGGGGUCAGUAUAAGUUAGAAUUGACUCAAUGGCAGUGGGUAUAGUGUUAUCAUAUGUAAGAGCAGUCAUUGUCUUUUUGGCUCUUUUGCUCAAACUUAGUGGAAAGAGCAGGGUGGAAGGAAGAGCAGGAUAUUGAUUAACUGGUAUCUGUUCAUCCUUCUCAAAAUCAGCCAUUUGUUAUAUUACAGUCAGCUGAUUUUUCUGUCUUAGCAAAGUGGCUUUCUUGUUCUAAAGUCCUUCAAGUAGAAUACAUUUUAUUUUUAGUGAGCCUUGGAAGCUGGUUUAGGGGAGAGCAUUUCCUUGUUUGUUGCAUCACUGAACAGCAGAUCAUAAUCGUAGUCGUGAUGCAUGGGGCAUGCUGAUGUGUUUUGUAGCUUUUUUCGAGUGCGAUCUUGCAAAGAUUUCAGACAGCUUUACUUACUGUGCCUUAUUGACAUGCGAUCUUGCAUCAGGUCUUGUUUUUCUUUUUAAAGCAUGCAUGCAUAUAUAUUUCUAGAACCCCUCUUCUUCAUGUUUUACUUCAGGUCUUAGGGAGGAGUAUCCCAGGCUGGCUUGUACGGUUGAUUUAUAGGACAGUACCACUCUCCCCUGUGACUGUGCCCACAGUGCCUCAUUGUGUAAGUGGCCUCUUGCCUCUGGUUGCCCAGUCUGCCUUCACUCCCCAGUGUCUGUUCGUUUUCUUCCCAAACCUGCACGCUCUCCACUCCUCAUGGCUCUGCUUUGUCCCUGGCCUUCACUGGUCUUGUUGACUUGGCUUUCCUUGUCUCUUAUCCUCCAGUGCUUCCAGAUUUGGCUUCCUUGCUGCUUGGUCAGUACUGGAUGCCCCUUCAGUUUGCUCUUGCUUUUUGAACAGGCAAGAGUCUCAGUGCUGCUUUCAAUUCUGUUGAACUUAGGCUGAACCCUGUGUCUUCUUGGCAGCAUGUACUCUCUGUGACUUUCAUCUUCAAACACCAGUAGGAACAGUUACUUGAGCCCUAGAUCUGUGGUCUCUUAUUAAUUGAGACAUUAGUAUUUAAAGGUAGCUUUUUAUUUUAAAGCAGGUAGAAUGAGCCAGGGUAAGGGGCUCUGAUGUGAGAAGGGGAUAAAAACUGAGACUCUGGAUAGCAGAUUACACUUCAGCAGGAGUCCCACCUGGGACUUUUUCUCUGCUCACAGCCGGUAACUUUGCUGGUGAUUUGAUGUAGAAAAGAAGGCGCAGUGAUGUUUUCUCCUCCAUCACCUUCCUCUUCACAGAGGAAGAACCAGGAACCCUGGGCAGCAAUAGGAGGAUGUUUACCACCAGUGCUGUCCCUUUCCCUGCCCACUGUUAUAGGGCAGGAAUGUAAUCUGGCGCAAGCAUCUUUUUAUUCUGCCUUUUCCUCACCUCCUUCCUACCUCUCUCUGCCUGCCGUGUUAUUUCCCUCAGGGCAAAAACAAGGAUAAGGGGUUAUUGUGUUGAGGGGCUAGAUGGGCAAACUUCGUAAUAGCUCUGGGAAAGUCAACCACUUGAAUUCUCAGUUUCCUUAUCUCUAAAAUGGGCUAAUGUUAGCUGCCGUCCAUUCGAUUCUGACUCAUAGCGACCCUAUCUAUGUACAACAGGAAGAAACACUGCCUGGUCCUGUACCAUCCUCACAGUUGUUACGCUUGAGCCUGUUGUUGCAGCCACUGUGUCGGUCCCCCUUGCUGAGGAUCUUACUCUUUCUCGCAGACCCUCCACUUUACCAAGCAUGAUGUUCUUCUCCAGGGACUGGUGCCUCCUCAUAACAUGCCCAAAGUAAGUGAGGUGAAGUCUCGCCACCCUUGCUCCCAAGGAGCAUUCUGGCUGUACUUCUUCCAGGACAGGUUUGUUCAUUCUUCUGGCAGUCCAUGGUAUAUUCAGUAUUCUUUGCCAACACCAUAACUCAGAGGCGUCAAUUCUUCUUCUAUCUUCCUUAUUUGUCGUCCAGGUUUCACGGCCAUAUGAGGUGAUUGAAAAUACCAUGGCUUGAGUCAGGCGCACCAUAGCCCUCAAAGUGACAUCUUUGCUUUCUAAUACUUCAAAGAGUUCUUUUGCAGCAGAUUUGCCCAACGUAAUACAUUGUUUGAUUUCUUGACUGCUGGUUCCAUGGGCGUUGAUUGUGAAUCCAAGUAAAAUGAAAUCCUUGACAACUUCCAUCUUUUCUCCUUUUAUCGUAAUGUUGCUUAUUGGAUCAGUUGUGAGAAUUUUUGUUUUCUUUGUGUGGAGGUGUAAUCCAUACUGAAGCCUGUAGUCUCUGAUCUUCAUCAGUAAGUUCUUCAAGUCUUCUUGGCUUUCAGCAAGCAAGGUUGUGUAAUCUGCAUAUGGCAGGUUGUUAAUGAGUCUUCCAAUCUUGAUGCCUCAUUCUUCAUAUAGUCUGUUUUCUUGAGUUAUUUGCUCAGCAUACAGAUACAGAUUGAAUAAGUAUGGUGAAAGGAUACAACCCUGAUGCACACCUUUCCUGACUUUAAACCACGCAGUAUCCCCUUAUCCUAUUCGAAUGACUGCCUCUUGGUCUAUGUACAAGUUCCUCAUGAGCACAAUUUUUUUUUUUUCAAAAUGAGCUAAUAGUACCUGCCUUAUGGGGGGGAGGUCAAGAGGAUUCAUUCAGUAAAAUACUGCAAAUAAAGCCUUUACAACAUGCGUAGCGUGCAUCAGGCCUUCAGCAAGUAGUAAUUAUUAAUGAUGAGGAUGGAGAAACUUUCCCAAGUAGAUUAAAGGGCAAAGGCUAAGGAGUUUGGUGGGAGGGGGCAGUGAUCCCCUCUUUCGAAUGUUGAGGCUGGUGUUGGGCGUGGCUGGACACUUGGCAGUGGUCAGAUGUCAGGUGUGCCUGUGUCAGCGGUGAUCCUUUCCAAAAUCCACGCUCGAGAAUAGCAGUGGUGGAGUCUUAUUAUCUGGCCACACCACAGGCUGGGUGUGAGGGUGUGAGGUGAAAGCUGCUUCCACGGGUAUGAAAUUAGUCUUUUUUUUGUAAGAGAGUAAGACAUUUCUAAAGUAAGAAAUUAAAGAAAUUGAAAAAGCAGAGUAUUUCUCUUUCCACUGGUUGAAUGAGCAGAAGAGGGUUACGGAGAAGUUGAUCUGACAAUUUUGAAGCUCCCUAACAGGCCGUUUCAGCUAAGCCGUCUCUGCGUGUGUUUUCUAAACGGCAUAUUUCACAUUCGUAUCCAGAGUAUAGUUUUAAAAACUAAACUAAAAUAAGAAUUGUUAAAAUAAGUACUAAUGGUACUAAAAAAUAAUAUCCAGCUUUAUAAAUAAAAGCAGGCAAUGUAAAUGUCUAGUUUGAGAAUGGUGUUUUGCCUAAUAUAAUGUUAAAAAAGACCUAUGAUUAAUCUGCUGAAUUAGAGAAUACUGAUUCAGAUGUUUUUAGUGAGUGAAAUAACCAAAUUCAUAAUUGUUUUCUGAAGCAGCUGCAAACUUAAUCUAAAUGAAGAACUAAUAUAAAUCAUUACUGUGCAUUCUCAGAAAUGAAUUUCAUUCCUGUAUCUCUCUGAGUUGUGAAGAAAAACUGCAAGACUGGGACUCUCAUUCAUCUUUGAAUUCCCUUCAGUUUGAACAUAUUACGCUUCAUGUCAGUAGAAAUGGACAGCAGCAGUUUUAUUCAGUUUGAUGUGCCCGAGUACAGCAGCACCGUUCUGAGCCAGCUGAAUGAACUCCGCCUGCAAGGAAAACUAUGUGACAUCAUUGUCCACAUUCAGGGUCAGCCAUUCCGAGCCCACAAAGCAGUCCUUGCUGCCAGCUCCCCAUAUUUCCGGGACCAUUCAGCAUUAAGUACCAUGAGUGGCUUGUCAAUAUCAGUGAUUAAAAAUCCCAAUGUGUUUGAACAGUUGCUUUCAUUUUGUUACACUGGAAGAAUGUCCUUGCAGCUAAAGGAUGUUGUCAGCUUUCUGACUGCAGCUAGCUUUCUUCAGAUGCAGUGUGUCAUUGACAAGUGCACGCAGAUCCUAGAGAGCAUCCAUUCAAAAAUCACUGUUGGAGAUGUUGACUCUGUUACUGUUGGUGCUGAAGAGAAUCCAGAGAGUCGGAACGGAGUUAAAGACAGCAGCUUCUUUGCCAACCCAGUUGAGGUCUCCCCUCCAUAUUGCUCUCAGGUGCGGCAGUCCACCACAAGCAGUGAUCUUCGGAUGGAGACAACCCCCAGCAAAGCUUUGCGUGGCCGCUUACAGGAGGAAGGGCACUCGGACCGAGGGAGCAGUGGGAGCGUCUCUGAGUAUGAGAUUCAGAUAGAGGGAGACCAUGAGCAAGGGGAUCUGCUGGUGAGGGAAAGCCAGAUCACUGAGGUGAAAGUGAAGAUGGAAAAGUCUGACCGGCCCAGCUGUUCAGACAGUUCCUCCCUGGGUGACGAUGGGUACCACACUGAGAUGGUUGAUGGGGAACAAGUUGUGGCAGUGAAUGUGGGUUCCUAUGGCUCUGUGCUACAGCACGCAUAUUCCUACUCCCAAGCAGCCUCACAGCCAACCAACGUAUCAGAAGCUUUUGGAAGUUUGAGUAAUUCCAGUCCAUCCAGGUCCAUGCUGAGCUGUUUCCGAGGAGGGCGUGCCCGCCAAAAGCGGGCUUUGUCUGUCCAUAUGCACAGUGAUCUGCAGGGUUUGGUGCAGGGAUCUGACAGCGAGGCUAUGGUGAAUAACCCUGGGUAUGAGAGCAGUCCCCGGGAGAGGAGUGCAAGAGGUCACUGGUACCCAUACAAUGAAAGGUUGAUCUGUAUUUACUGUGGAAAGUCCUUCAACCAGAAAGGAAGCCUUGACAGGCACAUGCGACUCCACAUGGGAAUCACCCCCUUUGUGUGCAAGUUCUGUGGGAAGAAGUACACACGGAAGGACCAGCUGGAGUACCACAUCCGGGGCCAUACUGAUGAUAAACCAUUCCGCUGUGAGAUUUGUGGGAAGUGCUUUCCAUUCCAAGGAACCCUCAACCAACACCUGCGAAAAAACCACCCAGGCGUAGCCGAAGUCAGGAGUCGCAUCGAGUCCCCUGAGAGAACAGAUGUGUACGUGGAACAGAAACUAGAAAAUGAUGCAUCAGCCUCGGAGAUGGCCCUAGAUUCCCGAAUGGAAAUUCACACAGUAUCCGAUGCUCCUGAUUAAGAUGGUAAAGAAGUGCACCCAAACAAAGCACAUUAAUCAAUGCAUAUUUGUGAUUUGCUUUGUUGUAAUCUUUGGUUUUCCCAACCAUCUGGAAAUCUCUUGUUUUCUUGGCAGUCUAAGGUUUCUGGAUGGAACACUUCAUUGUGUUUAUCCUUUUCCCCACUUCCCUCCUCCCAAGGAGCUCAAAGCAUGAAGGGCAACAUAUCCAGGGAAAACGCAGGCUGACAGUAUUCCUCUCUGGCUGAACUCUUUAAUCCAAAAUCUGCCAGUGAUUUAGCUAUGCCAACUGGUUGACGCUACAUUCUCUACCAAGAGGUGUACUCUCUCUCAUUGCGUGUGCUGGCACUGGUGCAUUUCCACCAAGAGAGACUAGGAUGCCGUCAGCCGAUACAAAUGGGUAAUCUUUUCUAAUUUAAAAUUACUUUUAGGGGAUAGUUAGACAAUUUAUAUAUAUAUAUAAUAAAGUGAUUAUUAUAUAUAUAGUAUAUAUACAUUCUCAAAUUUGAUUUUAUUCUAGUUGAGGUGAAUGUAAGAGGAAUAUAUAAUACAAUGUGAACAGGGCUUUUGACUCUGUCUCAUCCCUACCUAAUAUGUUAGGAUUUUGCCCCUUUAUUUCCCUUACAAAAGAAUGUUAAUGGUUUUCAUAUAUAUUAAUCUUUGUGUCCAAAAGCAAGCAAAGCAAAUCACAGUCUUCAUAGCUCUGCUUCAUAACAAGUACAUAAACCAAAUGCCAUAAAAUGUAUCCUACUCUAGUUGGAAACCGUUUGGAAUUUUUGUUAGUUGUCCAGUAGGUGAGCUGGAUGACCUGUGGUGCUGACCUUUUUACAUAUUGUAGUGUUAUAUUAGCCAACCCCAAAGGAGCAGUGGUUUUCAAUGUUUUUACUGGCCUACAAAUCUACCUUCAUUCCGUACUGUAGAAACAUACAUACCAGGUAACUAAAUCGAAUCACUCUACCACGAGCUAGUACUCGAACUAAAGGAAAGGAGUUUGUAGCUCUGUCUACAAAAUUCUCCAAGCAGUGUUGUGUUCUUUUUCUUUCACUUUUCAAACAGUCAGUUCAGGUGCACAGCAACUUUUUCUACAUGCAGUUCCCAGGGAAACUGCAGAACUUGGAAUUUGUACUUUUUGUAAAGAUACACUCUAUGGGAAUUGCAAGCAAUAUACCUAUCUUAGUAUUGUGUGUGCUAAUGAGAGCCUCAAUGGCUCCCCCACUCUCUCAGUGUUUCCUGCUUAAAGAAACCAACAGUUAAAAAGCCCUCUAGUAUACUCUGUGUGUCACCAUUUUUUUUUUGGGUCACGUGGUGCUAUCUUUAUGUUAAGUAUCUUUUAGGUCAGUAUAGUAUAGAAAAUGUGAAGUAUAAUGGUAAUAGUGAAUUACAGUUACAAUUUUUUUCCUCUUUUGAGUUCAUAGCUUGAAAAGAGACCUCAAAAGCAUGUGCUGGCAAACACAUUACUGUAUAAAAACUUACCUGAGUCCUAUUUCAAUAAUGUUUUAGUAGUACUUUAGGAAAUGUCUUCAGUUCUGGAUUUUGCUCACAUGUGUGCUUCUAGUAUACAAAACAGGCUCUACAAGAUUGCUUUGGUACUGUAUACUCUGGCAAAGAGUAAUUUUGUGAGUAAUUUGGUUGUGAGUUUGUGCUGCAGGCUGCUGUUGGGAUGUCAGCACUCCAGACUCUGCUUGAGAACCUUGGCUCUGAAAACUCAAAACCAGCGGUUCUCCACAGAACAGCAAAACCAUUGGAAAGAAAAACAAAAAUGAAAAGCGCAACCUCAUAGGCUAUGAGUUAAGUUAGAGGAAUACAAAAAAUAGACGUUUGCUGGUUUUCCAUGCUUUUUUGGCUCUUAAAAUACAAAUAAUGGCAAUUUGGGGUGGGGGGGGAUUUUUUUUUUUUUUUUUUUUUUAAACAAAACCAUUCAAGCCCUUUGUGAUAGACCCCCGGGGGUGGUAGCUGCGCAGUAGUAUCUCUUUAGCACACAGAUCUGCUCACAUGUGAACUGCUGCACUACACAUCAGUGUUACUACGUACAGAUUACACUCUAACUCCCGCUGCUCCAGAGGAGUGGCUCUUGCUAAAUCGGGUAUAUAGUAUGCCUUUUUCCUCGUCAAACUGCCUAAGUAAUGGGUUCAUUCUCUCUCUGAAGCACUUGUUCAACUCCUGUUUAAGCCGUGUGCCUCAAGGGGAGGCUGGACCCCAAGUGUUUACCCACUUAAAUAUGUUCUGGGGUUUCAGGUAAAUGUUUGUGAAUUCUUUUUCCUUACAUGAAUAAGUUUGGUUUUGAUUUUUUUUUAAGAAUUAAAUACAAAAAAAUUGUGUUUUGAUACAAAUUAAGUUUGCGACAAGAAAUGCCCAAAUCAAGGACAUGAGAGGUCAGGCUCAGGGAAGGAACCUCCUUUUCACUCAGGCUUGGGGCAUUCUGAGAGGUCUCUAGAGCAUUCUGCGAUAUGUGAGACAAGUUAGGAGGGGAGGGCGCUUGGGGCAAGCACCUUGAAUGUCCUGGUUCUUGUCAUUGUGUCAGUCUUAACCUUAUUUACAUGGAGUUCUUUGUAUUUGUAAAUUUGUUUAACUGGUUUGAGUUUACCAAAGAGUGACUUAUCCAAAAUUGUCUCUGACAAAAAUAAACAUUGCUUUGAUUGUACAGUUCAGGUUCAAACAUUGUAAUGGGACUGUUAAAGGGGCAGAAAAUUGACUGAGUUUUUCUCUAAUAAUAAUGAUUCCGCAUUUUGCAAGUUUCACUUGCUCCCAUUCAUGUUGCUAACACUUUACCCUUUCCACUGCUAGCAGUGUUAAGAAUGAAUUCUCAAGCCAUAACACAGUACUGUAAAGUUCCACAGGGCUUUGAGGGAGGCAGCCGUAGACCAGCACAGAGAUGUGUAGCCUCUCUAAGCACUCAUACUGUCAUGCUUCCUACUGCGCAUGGCUGUGAAAGAUUAACUCUGGCAGCAGCAAUUAAUUGUGCCUUGUCACAUGAGGAUGUGCCAGGAGGAUUAACAUGACCACAGAACAGAAACAUUCUCUCCCCGAAGUUCACGUCUCCACAGACGAAGUACGCUGUUGUAACUCCUUAGAGCAAUUCUUUUUGGAAAGCAAAGUCCCUAUUUCUGUACAGUUUUAGGUUAGAUGUUUCAUUUAUAACAAAUGCAGAAAUCAAUUAAGAUAAAGUGAUAUGUGAAGAAAUCUUUUACAGUAAAAUAUAUCCUGAAUUCAUAUAGGCUUGUUCAUAAUUGAGUCUCUUCUUGAGCUACCUUUUUCAAUACGUAGACAAUGUGAAGACAGUGACAGCGUCCUUUUCUAUAGUUGUUUAACCUGUUAUUACAAACUGUGAAAACAAAGAAUUUUAUACUUUACUAAUGUUUGUGGUUUUAAACAGUUACUUUCAUUUUAAUCAGUUCUCUAUCCUAUAGUUUCUACUCCAGCUGUAAAUACAUUUAGAAAUUAUAUUUGUAAAUACAGUAUCUGAUGACAAGUUAAUUUUUUGGUCAGUGGAAAGCCUCCCAAUCGGCUCUGCCUUGGUUUUUUGUUAUUUUAAACAGCAGAAAGGAUACUGUCAGUUCACUGUUAAGCAGAGUAUACUGUAGAACUAAAUUGAUAGUUUUUUUUUUUUUUUUUUAAUAAUCUUCCAGAGCAUGAGUAGGUGUCUUUUUUAAUAAUGGCAGUCAUAACCAAGUCUUUGUUUUUCCCUUAGCCCAGACCAUAGGCCUGCAUAUUUUUGUGUGUGGUUUUGUUUUUACUUUUGUUUCUACAGGCUAUAUUUUAGGAAGAACUUGCAGGAAUACAAAACAAGGGCUGGGAGGAAAAUCGUCUAUGUGAACGAGCUUUACGUUAAAGAGAUCAGUGUAUUUUAUUUUAACAACUUUUCCUAUUAGUUACUGUGAUUUUUAUGUUGCUGUCAUCGUUAUUGUUAAAAUCUGUAACGGUUUCCUGUGAAGCCUCCACUGAAAGGGACUCAAAUAUGCAACAGCUAAACUAUUUCCAAGGGCGCACGCCCCUUGAAUGGUGCUUCUAGACUGGUCAGGGUUAUUUAUUAAAUUUUAUAUAUGAAAGUAUUGGGGAAUUGUGUAAAUUCUUUAUAUGAAACUAUCUAGUUCUUAAAUCAUAGAUUUCGUAAUACUCAGUGCAACUGAACUAAAGGUUCAGAAAAGUCAUUCACAUUGUUCCAAAUUUGUAAUGGUUGUCACAUGUCACACACAUCUUUUUCAGUAAGUGCCGGAGUGUUUCCACUGUUUCUGCCCAGUGCUUGACUUUCUGGCCCAGAAGAGACCCUCUUUUCCCUGGUUCCCUCCCUGGGUCUGGCACAGACAGGGCUAUUGUAGUUCUUGAUCAAGUCCUGAAGUAAGCCUCGCUUGGCGCUCCUUGUAGCAGAUUCAGUAAACAGACCUCUUGCUGCCCCUCAGUGACAAGUAUGCUGUGAAUUCAACCUUUGGACUUGUUGCUCAAGUCAUUGGUUGCUGCUCUGACUAUAGUAAGAGGUAAACUUACCUGGUUUGUUUGAGAAUGACCAUUUUCCUAAUGUGAAAACCAUCUCUCACCACUUUUAUUAGUAGGGCUAACAUUUUUUUCCGUUAUAAAUGGUUGAGCAAUUUGAAUGACUUAACACAGUGUCAUUAUCUUGCAAUAUAAACUGGUAACCUCACAACUCCACACUUCAUCACCAUAUGAAGUAAAUGAAGCUAGCUAAGCGGAUGCUGUAUCAACUAGUAACUUGCCAUUAAGGGUUAUUUUAUAGCAUGACUUUAAGACUAUUUAUUCAAAUGAUAUUUUACUCCUGUAUUCAUUUUGUUUUAGAUUUGUGACAUGAAUAUUUCAGUGCUGCUUAAUUUUGUUCUGAUGAAUCCUUGUUUCUUGCUUGUAAAUGGCUUUUUUAUGGUAUAAAUAAAGUCAAUGGAAAUUGC